AUGGCGGUUGCUGUUCGCCCAGCAACCCAGGACGACCUGCCCCAGAUCCGAGAGAUCUUCGAGCACUACGUUCUGAAUACGGUCGUUUCCUUCCUGGUACAAAAGCCGCCACCGAACUACGUCGCCUCCCGGUUUCAGGAAAGCUGCUCUCGCAAUCUUCCCUACUUGGUAGCGGUCGAUGACCGGCGCCAAGUUGUUGGUUAUGCCUACGCGUCAGCCUUUCGUGGCUUUAUGCUGGGAUACGGACACACUGUGGAAAUCAGCCUCUUCUGUCAUCCGCAACACACGAACAAAGGCAUUGGGAGUCAAAUGAUCAAGCGGCUGAUCGAGUUGCUGCGCACCACCAAACACCUCACGCGAGAGGUGGGCCACGAGGACAAUGUCGUCGAGUUCGAUGUGAGGAAGGUGAUGGCUAUCAUGGCUGUUGACGAGACUGCACCAGGAAAUGGUCUGGCGCUGCGAGACUGGUACACACGACGGGGAUUCAAAGAGGUGGGCCGAUUACAUGGCGUUGGUUUCAAGAAGAACAGAAUGUACGAGGUCGAAUUCGUAAGGGACCCAACUGCUGACGAGAUGCGUGAUCAGACUUGA